CGAAAAUUUUUGUAAACAUUGACUAACUUCUGACCCAAAAUUGAGACCUUUUUGGACCUUUGUGGCAAGAAAUCAGGGAGAUUUUGAUCUCAUUUACGCAACACACGGUUCAGCUACUUACAAACACAACAGUUUUGUAACCACACACACCUCAAUAAAGGAAAAAAAAGAGAAAAAAUACGUCAACAAAGCAAGAGAAGUAACUGAUAAUGCAUAAAGCAGCAGUAGUUGUGAAAUUAAUAUGCAAUAGGUAGAAUUUUUAAUCAAUUUGUUUCCAUUAUUGAUCGUCGUCGGCGAAAAAAGUCGUGAAAUUGUCCCAGAAAUUGAGCGACAUUGCACAUACAACUACAUUUGAAGUGACCUUGGUAUCGAUAAAACAGCUCGGAGCAUGGCAGAGCCACAGAAUCCGCUUCCGCAGGGCGUCAAUCCCGAAAAUAAUCCGCAACCAGGUGUGCCGUUGAUCAAUGUCAACAGAAAUCGACCGAAUCAAAAUCCACUAAUGAACGUUCGGGAUCGACUUUUUCAUGCGCUGUUCUUCAAAUCUGCGUUACAAUAUGCUCGUUUGGUGCCCAAACCCGUUCGUCGUGCAAUUGAAUUAAUAAUGCUAUUAAAGGCAGUAGGAGCCUUUUUCAUCCUCGUCUACAUUCACAUCACAUUUUCACAAACGCCCGCUACUUGUUUAGAUCACAUCAAAAACGAAUGGCCUCGUGAUGGCAUUCUUCGUGUCGAGAUUUUACGAAAUAGUCAGAACGGGAAAGCCCCUUCGACGGAAAAUGAGUUGACAAUUCUCCGAAAUACGAAUAAAGGCGGUUUAGUGAGCAUUGAUCCGUCGACGACGUUGCCGCACGAGCAAAAUCCGUACCAACUGAAUGAAGAUACGCGCGACGAAUCGCCCAUAAAUCAAGAAAUUCUGGCAAAUAAGAGUCACAGCGACUCGGGAGAACUGUUUUCGACGACUUUCGUGCAACGCGAUGUCAAUCAGUCGUCGGAUGUGUUGGUAAAAAGUACGGAUUUUCAUGCGACGAGUGCGACAAAAAAGUUAUCGAACCCCUUUUUGGCAACGACGAAUGAUUCUGUUGAAGAUGAGGAGAUUACGACAAUCUACAAGAACGAAUCUCUUGAAAGAAGUGUCAAAUUUGAGGAAAAAUACGACUCAGAAGCGAGUCUGAAGUCAAAAGUACCCGAAAUGGAGAAAAUUGCGAACGCCGUAUGGAGCGAUGAUCAAUAUGUCGUUGAAUAUUCCUUGGAAUACGGGUUUUUAAGACUUUCAGCAGCAACGAGACAGCGACUUAACAUACCCGUGCACGUUGUAACGCUCGAUCCGCAGCAAGACAAGUGCUUUGGCGAUGCAUUUAGUCGAUUUGUGUUGCACGAAUUCUUGGGAUACGACGAUUUACUGAUGGCUUCUGUGAAAGUUCUCGCCGAACAGGAAGAUAAUCAAGGAUAUUUGAGAAAUGUCAUCACGGGCGAACAUUAUCGUUUCGUAUCAAUGUGGUGGAUGGCUCGCGGAUCGUAUCCAGCAGCUUUUUUCAUCAUGAUUCUCUUCACAAUUUCCAUCUCAAUGCUUCUCCGUUACUCACAUCAUCAAAUUUUCGUGUUCAUAGUUGACUUACUGAGCAUGUUGGAGAUGAACAUUUCCGUGAGAUUUCCCGCCGCUCCCUUGUUGACCGUUAUUUUGGCUUUAGUGGGUAUGGAGGCAAUCAUGUCAGAAUUUUUCAAUGAUACAACAACGGCAUUUUAUAUAAUCCUCGUUGUAUGGUUCGCUGAUCAAUAUGAUGCAAUUUGUUGCCGGACAUCGGUUACCAAGAGACACUGGCUCCGAUUCUUCUACCUGUAUCACUUUUCGUUCUACGCCUAUCAUUACCGCUUUAACGGGCAAUACAGCAAUUUGGCGCUGUUGACAUCAUGGCUGUUCAUCCAGCACUCCAUGUUAUACUUCUUUCAUCAUUUCGAGUUGCCCGUGAUAAUCCAACAGGCUCAGCUUCAGCAACUUCUCAUCCGAAAUCGUCACAUGAACCAACAGCAGGCGCAACAACCGCAGGGAAAUGCCGGAACAGGAGUUCGGGGCGCUCGAGCACCAAAUAUGCGACUUCCGUUGCCCGUUUUGCUUCCCUUUAUCCGACAACGGCUCAACAAUGACAAUAACAACAACAUGAACGAAUUCCUCCGCGGCACGCUGAACGUCAUGAAUCGCAUGGCGAGCGUUUUGAGGGGACAGGUUCGAGUAACGCUCAACGUUCGACGCGACGGCGACACGGGAAAUGUGGCUCCAACGCCAAAUAAUGCGGGAACAGCGACUUCGGGAACGGCGAAUCAAGAGACAAAUCAAGCUGGGAUGCAAGAAAAUGCUUCAGAUGGUCAGAAUCGGGACACGAGAAGUAAUUUUCAGAGGAAUUAUGAAGAAAAUAAUUUUCUUUUCCCUCCGGAUAUCUUGAUGCGAGAACGAGAUCGAGCUCAAACGAGUCAAACGCCGUCUACGGAGCAACAAUCGACUGUAAAUAGUAGCAAUGUAAGACAUCGACACUUGCAUCAUCAUCACCAUCAUCAUCAUCAUCACGAAAAUCCAGCGGAAACGUUGUAUUCAGUCGCUCCCAUCCCGGGACGCAUCGAGUUGACGACAAAUUCGUCGACAAACGAGCAAGCGGCGCCCGAUUUGACACGUGAUACGUUGAUAAAAAGUAGCGAAAUUGUCGUCGCUACUGAAAAUCAUCAAAUUCUUGAACCAAAUGUCGCGAACGACGACGCAGCAGCGGCAACAACAAGCAGCAGUAGUAAUAGUAAUAAUAGUAGAAAUAAUUGUUUUAAGCCAGAGACUAAUUUGAGCAGUGAGAGUACUGCGACAACGACAACUACAGUCACGAGUCACGAUGAUGACGAUAAACACGACGAGGGCGGAGGCACUUCUCAAGGGAAUAAUGUGACUUUGUAAUUAUUUUUUUUUUUUCGUUAUUGGUCGUCUUGCAUCGUCGUCCCUUCUAUUUUUGGCUCUUUCUACAUAGUAAUAAUGACAUGUAAUGAAUACUUUUGGGCCAAAUUACCACUAAACAACGCAGAUAAUUUUGUGAAAAUAAAUUUUUGUGGUAAAGUACAGGUUACAAAAAAAUUUAUUAAUUGUCCUUAUUUUUUUUUCCUUCGGUUUCCUUCAGAAGAAUUUUAUUUGGGAUUUUUCGUUGUAAAAAAUAAAUAAAAAAAAAAAUCCGCAAAAAAAUGUUAUCUUUUUAGACAAAGAAUUAAAUAAUUUUAUUUUAAAUAUUUUUUAAGACAAAACUUAUGUGAACAAAUGCAAAGAA